AUGCCCGCCCCUCCGGAGGCCGGCCUCUCCGAUCUCGCCUCGGGGCCGUCGGGGGCGGCCCGCCGGGGGGCGCUGGGGGCGGAGCCGGAGCCGCCGGCGCCUCCGCAGCAGCCGCAGCCGCGGCGGCGGCGCCGGGGCCGGGCGCGCGUGCGGCCCGAGGCGCUGCUGCACUCGCUGCGCCGCAGCCGCCGCGUCAAGGCCAACGACCGCGAGCGCAACCGCAUGCACAACCUGAACGCGGCGCUGGACGCGCUGCGCAGCGUGCUGCCCUCCUUCCCCGACGACACCAAGCUCACCAAGAUCGAGACGCUCCGCUUCGCCUACAACUACAUCUGGGCCCUGGCGGAGACGCUGCGCCUGGCCGACCAAGGGCUGCCCGGGGGCGCGGCCCGGGAGCGCCUCCUGCCUCCGUGCGCCCCCUGCGCGCCCGGACCCCCGAGUCCCGCCAGCGACGCCGAGUCCUGGGGCUCCGGGGCCGCCGCCUCGCCCUGCGCGGCCGCCGCCUCGCCCAUCUCGGACCCCAGCAGCCCUGCCUCCGAAGACUUCGCCGGCUACGGCCCCAGCGACCCCCUGUUCUCCUUCCCCGGCCUGCCCAAAGACCUGCUCCACGCGACGCCUUGUUACCUCCCUUACCACUAG